AUGGUAAUAGUCCUGACUGUAGUUGUGUCAAAUCCAUCAGGCAUAUUUUCCAAAUCUUCCAAAUAUUCGAACAAUAAUAACAAAGAGUCUGAAGGAACUACCAAUAAAAAAAACACUUAUGAUAGUGAUAGUGAUUAUAUGCCUGAUGAUGACAUUAAUACAGUCAAGGUCAAAUCACAUAGACAAAGAAUAAUUUCUAUAUACAAUGCAAAGAACAAAAAACCAAUAUUUCAAUGGAUAUAUUAUGGAGUGGAUGUUUAUAAUUUGAUUUUUGGGAAUUUAACAAAAAAAGAUUUAGAGAAGUUUGAAUAUGAUGCUUCCAUAAAUUCUUACAUUGUUGACUUCACAAAUGAUGAAAUUUUUGAAAAACCUAUUCUUGAAAAAUUUUACAAAAAACAUGUGAAUGAUUUACAAUAUGAUUAUCAUUAUGAAAUAUCCAAGAAGGUGAAACAAUAUAUCAUAGAUCAUAUGGAAAAUCGAAUUAGAUUAAAUGAUGACAAUGAAGAAUUAUUUAUAUCAAUGUUUUUCUUAACUGAGUUGUAA